AUGAUUGAUAAUGAAGUAAUAGUAUCAUCACUUACCAUGUUUUAUCAGGACAUUAGAAACUCUGUAAAUGUUUUUCCAAUAAAUUGCAUUCUAUCAGAAUCGCUGAAGGAAAAUGAACUUUCUGAUGCGAAAAUCGAAAGCAAACGCAAUCUCAAAAUUCCAGAUCCUAUACAAAUAUACAGUGAAAUAAUUCCUCAUUUUCCAACACGCGUUUACUUAAAGAGUGAGAAAACAACUUACUACACGGAUUUGAGUACAGAUAAUCACAUCACUACUUCCAUCUUACAAUCAUUUGAUCCAAGACAAACUUUACUCACCUCAACUCCAUCAUCACUUAAUCCUGUUCCUUCGGAUAAACAAAAAAUCUUGCCAUCCACUUCUGUUGCAGAUGUUAUUUUUUCUUUUCCCUCUACACAAAAAGACUCAAAUGAAGAUGAAUUAAAUGUUACCAAACAUGAAUCAUACUCUGACGAAGAUCUCUCGACAGCUGAAACAGAAAUCGUUGUGUCCAUUCAACCCAUGCCGUCAAGCAACCCUCUUAAUCUUCAACAGUCGUACGCGCAAACCGUUCAACCAAUCAAGAACAUUUCUAUAGGUCAAACUCUCAGUCAGGCUAUGUCAGCAACAAACAAGCCAACGAUACAAGACAAAGGAAAUAUUGCUCUUACACAACAUGUUACCCGGCGAGGAGGCGCGGAAAAUCCGCAGUCAGCAACGUCUGCAGUAGCAACACCAAUACCUGUCACUCAGACGGUGGCUGUAGCAAAACCUGUACCACAUGUGAAAUUCGUACAUCCUGCACCAACACAUGAAGUUGCUGUUCCAUCUUUUCAAAUAACGUUCGAUCCUGUUAAACUUAUCCUAGGUUUAUUGCAAGGUAUACCCAUACCUUCCCUGAAUCUGAAUGGAAAAGCUUUCUUUGGAGUUCAGUUAGAUAAAGGCUUAAACUUUGGGCCAGGUGCUGGUGCUGCAGCUACAUCACCUGUUUUGCAACAGGUAUACGCUCAGAGAAGACAGCAGCCUAGACUGUCGUCAAUUUUAAGGUUAGGCUAGAUCAAAUCAAUGUCUUCUGCCUCAAAACAAUACAGAGAUGCUAACUGCUCCGGACACGCCAAAAUAAUUUUAAAAAAGCAGUAAAUAACUACA